AAAGGCAUGAAUUCCUAGCAUUCCCUGUGACAAGAUGACUGAAAGAUGGGGGCUGGAGAGGGUACAGGCCCCACCUAGGGCGGAGGCCACAGCACUGAGGGGGGCAGACAGAGCCACGAGCCUGGAAGGAAGCAGGAUGGCAGCCGGAGCAGCGGUUGGAGCCUGGGUGCUGGUCCUCAGUCUGUGGGGGGCAGUAGUAGGUGCUCAGAACAUCACAGCCCGGAUCGGUGAGCCACUGGUGCUGAAGUGUAAGGGGGCCCCCAAGAAACCACCCCAGCAGCUGGAAUGGAAACUGAACACAGGCCGGACAGAAGCUUGGAAGGUCCUGUCUCCCCAGGGAGGUCCCUGGGAAAGUGUGGCUCGUGUCCUUCCCAACGGCUCCCUCUUCCUUCCGGCUAUCGGGAUCCAGGAUGAGGGGAUUUUCCGGUGCCAGGCAAUGAACAGGAAUGGAAAGGAGACCAAGUCCAACUACCGAGUCCGUGUCUACCAGAUUCCUAGGAAGCCAGAAAUUAUAGAUUCUGCCUCUGAACUCACGGCUGGUGUUCCCAAUAAGGUGGGGACAUGUGUGUCAGAGGGAAGCUACCCUGCAGGGACUCUUAGCUGGCACUUGGAUGGGAAACCCCUGGUGCCUAAUGAAAAGGGAAUAUCUGUGAAGGAGGAGACCAGGAGACACUCUGAGACAGGGCUCUUCACACUGCAGUCGGAGCUAAUGGUGACCCCAGCCCGGGGAGGAAAUCCCCAUCCCACCUUCUCCUGUAGCUUCAGCCCAGGCCUUCCCCGGCGCCGGGCCUUGCACACAGCCCCUAUCCAGCCCCGUGUCUGGGAGCCUGUGCCUCUGGAGGAGGUCCAGUUGGUGGUAGAGCCGGAAGGUGGAGCAGUAGCUCCUGGUGGAACCGUAACCCUGACCUGUGAAGUCCCUGGCCGGCCCUCUCCUCAAAUCCACUGGAUGAAGGAUGGUGUGCCCUUACCCCUUUCCCCCAGCCCUGUGCUGAUCCUCCCUGAGACAGGGCCUCAGGACCAGGGAACUUACAGGUGUGUGGCCACCCAUCCCAGCCACGGGUCCCAGGAAAGCCGUGCUGUCAGCAUCAGCAUCAUCGAACCAGGCGAGGAGGGGCCAACUGCAGGCUCUGUGGGAGGAUCAGGGCCAGGAACUCUAGCCCUGGCCCUGGGGAUCCUGGGAGGCCUGGGGACAGCCGCCCUGCUCAUUGGGGUCAUCUUGUGGCAAAGGCGGCGACGCCAAGGAGAGGAGAGGAAGGCCCCAGAAAACCAGGAGGAAGAGGAGGAGCGUGCAGAGCUGAAUCAGUCAGAGGAACCUGAGGCAGGCGAGAGUGGUACUGGAGGGCCUUGAGGGGCCCACAGACAGAUCACAUCCAUCAGCUCCCUUUUCUUUUUCCCUUGAACUGUUCUGGCCCCAGACCAACUCUCUCCUGUAUAACCCCACCUUGCCAAACUUUCUUCUACAACCAGAGCCCCCCACAAUGAUGAGUAAACACCUGACACAUCUUG